UAAAACGACUGCUACAAUUACCACCACAACUCCUCAGUGGAGGUUAUAAUGGCAGUGAACAGAAGUACUGUAUGAGAUUGGUUUAAAAACAAACAAAAAAAAUCCAUGUGUUUUUAUAGAGUGUACUGUUCUUGAGCAUCUCACUUUAUCUAAGAGAUGGAGUUGCUACAGCUUUGUAUUAUACUUGGAGCCUUUUUAAAACUUGCUUCCGGAAUUACCUACAAUAUAAAAGUGCAGGCCAAUUCAAGUUUCUCCUGCUACACUGAGAUAUUCCAGAAUGAUACCGUAAAACCCAAAGCAAUUAAAUUGUUCCUUGGAAUACAUAAUUUGAAAGUAAUUUGUCACUUGUAUGACAAUAACAAGGAGGACACCAAGGAGAACAGAAGGAAAAAUCUACUUCUCUAUACUUCAGCAGGCCUUGCUCCCAGCAUACAGAUCUUCAAUAGUACCUAUUCAAAAGUCUUCUACUUCAAGAUGACGCUGGGAGAAGAUGUGGAUUCAUGGUCAAUUGAUAUCCCGCGAGCAAAGAUUACCUAUAAUACAGAUAUUGCUCCAGUUGAGGAAUGGUUUGUAAAAUUCAAUAUGCAUCAUGGAUUACAUAUGUUCACUACUGAAGGAACUUUAUUGGAUAUUCUGCGAGAGCCUAUUCUUCAGUGGGUUUGGAAGCUUGGUGUUCCAGUGAAUAUUGAUAAAACAUUACCUAACUUAAUAAAUACCACAGUAACAAAAAGCCCUUGUGCCAGUGAUGCAGCAAUAAUUGGUCUGAUUUAUGAUGAUAAAAUAACAGGAAUAAUUAUUGGAGUCACUGAAAAUGGAUUUAUGACUCGAAAUACAUUGUGGUAUAACAUGACUGAUACCAUCUGUGCUGUACUAGAAGAUGAUUGCUCUGGUCUUGCACUUGUGGAUACAAUUUUAAUAAACACUCGUCUGAUAAUGCUUACUACACUCGGACUAUUUAUCAGUGAGGAUUUACGUUAUUCAACUGGACAGUUGUUGAAAUUCAGCAAACCAACUUUAUGUGGUUUUGAAAUGGAUGAUUAUUUUAGAGCAAAAAUAUGGUAUAACCGCCAAUGUCUAGCUAACAGAGAAGACUAUGAAGUGGACUAUGUUGGUCUUUCAUUUAAUAAAGAGAAGACAUUAAGUCAGGAAUCUACCUGUUUCUAUAGUAAUGAUUCAUUUACAAAAUGGCAUAAUUGCUUGCCUCACCGAACAAAAGCUGAAAGACAGAUUUCUAGAAGGGUGGUUUCUUUUAUCGUUGAUUAUGAACAGAACACCGGCAUAGCUAUCUUAUCUCAACAGAACAGGGCAUUGGUAUCAGUACAUAAGUUAGUGGGCAACGAAUUAAACAAAAAGAGAAAAUUCCCAGCUUUCUGGUUCCCAGAUAAAUCCUUUAUACCAUUUGGAAUGUUUUUCCAUCCGGGCAGUCAUUUUCUAUAUGCUUAUGGAAAUCAGGUAUGUAAGAGAGAGAAUCCUAUACGAUUGAUAAAUAAUGCCAUUUAUGGCAUGAUUUUGAUUAUUCAAAUUCAUAAAAUAUUAGGGGGAAACAAACCCAUGUGUUUGAAGCAACUGGAGAUACUAGAAGAUAUACCU